GCAGGGGCGGACUGUCCAUUUGGAAACUCAGGCACUGCCCGAGGGCCUGGGGUCAGUAGGGGGCCCCAUGAGAUGCCCCUGGUACCUUUUUCAUAGGCUUUUUUGAGUUUGGGCAAGGACACAGGGGCCCCAUGAUCCCCUAUUAGCCAGGGGCCCCAUGAGUUGUCAGUCCGCCCCUGUCCCCCCCAUGCUAGACAAUAAUAAUUUCUCUCUUUCCACUGAACAUGUGUUUCAGGGCAUUAAUAUUACUAAUGUUAUA